AUGAUCUGGGCGCUGCUGUGCGUGUCGGCCUUGACGUUGUCAGCGAUAGGCACGGGUCUGGUCGUGUUCAAGCUCUACAAGGACUGGGACGUGCGGGCCAACAGCGUCCGAUGGCUCUUCGCCGUGUUCUUCACCUACCACUUCAUCUGCACGGUGUCCAGGCUAGUGUACUUCACUUGGCUUACGGUGGUGACGCGGGACGCCAAAGAGAACGAUGACGAAGACUUGGUGGGCCAGGCCAUGGUGGAGACGGAGCUGUAUCGAAUGGGCACCAGCGCCGUGCUCAAGAUGGGUCAGAAGCAGAACGCCUGGGUCACGGCCGCGAUCAUCGUUGGUGACACGACGCACUUCGGCAUCACAGUAUGGAUCGCGUCCUUGGUGUACGAACUGUCGAAGCUCGUAGCACUGACCAUGGAUCGAGGAGAGAAGCACGAGAGAGCCAAGAUUCGACUGUACUCGUGGAUCGGCCAGUCCAGCAUCGCCAUCUAUUUCACAGUCCAAGUGGUGCUUGCUAUAGUUUUCACGGGCUAUUCCAGCUACGCGUACUCGCUGCUGCUGGUCGCGUACCUGCUGCAGAUCAUCGUGCUCUUAUACAUGGUGACGAUGGUCGUGCUGCUCAAAAAUAAGGGACGCAACUUCGAAAGUGUGCACGGACAUUCCGUGGCUUCUCCCCUUUACCGACGUCUCAAGUGGAUUAUGCUCGUGUACUCAUUAUUCGCGUUCCAAUUCCAGUUUUCGUCGCUGAUCUUGCACUUAGUACCGGGUGAAGCCACGAAGAUAUCGGGCUAUGCUGGAGUGAGCUUCGUCCUGUACUACCUUCGAGGUUUCGUGCUCUCCGUCGCCACUGGUUGCAGUCAGCCGUGUGUAGUGCGCUGCUUGGGCUGCUGUGUUCCUGCCGAUAUCAAGGCGCACUACACGCAGCGUCGAGAAUGUGUGGUAGUUCCUGGUGGCUGGGAGCUGCCGUAUAUCAAUCCGGUCUUCGUGUUCACGGACAUCGAGUCUUCGAGUGCGCUCUGGAGCGUGGGGGACGGCAAAGUGAUGCAGCAAGCCACUCAUAUCCACGACAACAUUAUGAGAGGGCUUCUACCGGCGUAUCGUGGCUAUGAGAUCACCACCGCAGGAGAUUCAUUCCAGCUCGCGUUCCACACGAUCCAAGAGGCUGUCGAGUACUGUUUGGAUACUCAGAUUCAACUGCUGAACGCCAAGUGGCCCAAGGAGCUCCACGGCCUCGUACCUGCUACCCGAAAGGUGCGAGUCGGUACCAAGACAAUCUUCCGCGGGCUUCGCGUGCGCAUGGGGAUUCAUGACGCCGUCGGAUCGGAGGGGUCCCUCAUCCAAGACGUCCACGCGGUGACGGGCAAGUUGACGUACACUGGGGCUUCCGAGGUUAUCGCGAACGAGAUCGGAGACUUGGGAGCUGGAGGCCAGAUUCUGGCCACCAAGCGCGUGGCGGAAUGGCUUGCAGAGAACUCGGAGCGUCUGGCGAUCAAGUUCAUGAUAGAGCCCGUGUGCGAGUACUCGAUCCCGCGGCUGAACACGAUGCUGGAGGUGUUUCAAGUCGUGCCGAAGCCGCUGGAGUUGAGAUGCGAGAGCUUCUACUCGCCAAGGCAUAUCGUGCAGAUCGAGAGGGAAGACUCGCGCCUGAGGACUGAGAGUCAGACGUUUUACACGUUCCUGCAUUGA